UCGGCGCUGCUCGCUGCGGAGCCGCCGGUGAUGCCGGCCCCGGGCCCGCGCCGCCCCUCGCCCGGCCAUGGUGCCCUGCGGGGCCCUGCUCUGGCGGCGGCUGCUCAGGAAGCGAUGGGUCCUCGGCGUGGUGUUCGCCCUCUCGCUCGUUUACUUCAUCAGCAGCACCUUCAAGCAGGAAGAGAGGAUGGUGAGAGAUCGGAAUCUCCUCCAAGUGCAGGAGCAUGAGCAGCCCAUCAUGUGGAAGGUGAAGUUCAGCUCGGGGAACAGCAGUCAGCUCAGCAACCAGUGCAGGAACUCUGUGCAGGGGAAGCUCCUCAUUACAGAUGAACUGGGGUACAUCUGUGAGAGGAAGGACCUGCUGGUGAACGGCUGCUGCAAUGUGAACGUGCCCAGCACGAAGCUGUACAGCUGUGACAGCUGCCUGCCCAACGGCUGCUGCAGCAUCUACGAGUACUGUGUGUCCUGCUGCCUGCAGCCCAGCAAGCAACACCUCCUGGAGCGGUUCUUGAACCGGGCAGCCAUUGCUUUCCAAAACCUCUUCAUGGCAGUGGAAGAUCACUUUGAGCUGUGUCUGGCCAAAUGUAGGACUUCAUCACAGAGCGUGCAGCACGAGAACACCUACAGAGACCCAAUUGCCAAAUACUGCUACGGCGAGUACCCCCCCGAGCUCCUGCCUGUUUGAGAGCUGCAGAUCUGAGCAACAGCAGGAAGGAACUGCAGACUUCAAUCCAAAAGAACAAGACAGCAGCUGCUGCUUCACCUAAGCCUCAGUGUGAAAAGCUUCUCUUGUACAUGGGGGCAAAGCCAGAGGUGAACAGAGGAAGUAAGGAACUCAAGUUCUUCAGGACUGAAUCUUGCUUUCUUCAAUUUAUUAUGCACCUGCUUUGGAGUGCUGGUACCGUGCUACUGUGCCAGUGCAUUCUUUGAACAGUUCCUCUCAGUUUCAGGAAUUGUGGAGUCAAUCUGGGCUGUAGAACAUCAUGGGAAAAAUAUCUAAUGUGGCUUUGCAGCUGUAAAUGGGGGUUCAGUUGUGUCUCUGCAGUCCAGAGACUUGCCAGAGUGACAGUAGAGGGAGGACUUUUCCUUCCAGAGAGCAGAGCAUGCCUGCUGUGCUUCUCUAUUGGAACCCUUCUUGACAUUCAUGGUGUACACUACAUCCGUAAUUAUGAAUUAUUUAUUCAUUUUAUAUGGGUCACUGGCUGAAAGUAUGGAUGCUUUGCAUAGCUAGGUGUGGAUGCCUUUCAGUCCCUGCUUUGCUGUGUCAGCUAGAAGGGAUAUUUUAGAUCCUGACUGAAAUUGGUAGGUUUUUCUUUCCUCCUUAGUCCAAAGGAAUUGGCAUUUGUCACUAUAGUACUUAUUUUCCUCUUAGUGAGCUUAAACCAUUCACAACUCCAAUGGAGUUGUCCUUCUGCCAAAGUCCCACAGCACAAGAGAAGAGCAGCCUAGGAUGGGAUGUUUACUGUCUCUAAACUCUUUCCUUGUUACUCUGCAGCAGUUUCCUCAAAGAGGAGCCCAGUUUUAGGAGCAGCUCUCUGCUGUCCACUUGCUGACGAGGAGCAGGGAAGAUUUGUUUGCUUGAACUUGUUCAGGCCUUGGUAUUUGAAAUGUUUUUCACUCCUGGUUGUGCAGGAGGCAAAAGGGUGGAGUUGACCUCUCCACACCUCCUUUCCCAGGUCUGCCUGUGUCUUUCCACACUGCUCCACUGCAGGAUGGCUCUGUCAGCCUGUUCAAACUCCUUGGCACUUCAGCAGAUCCUGAAAUGUUCUACAUCUGCAUCAGCAGCUUCCUUUUAGCCCUUGGGAGUCCCCAAAUUCAAGCUGAUCUUCACCUUUGAUAAACAUAAUGAACAGGACUCGGUUAUGUGAAGACAAGAAUUCAUUAUCCCAUGCUUGCUUUACACAAUCCAGUGCCCAGCUCCUGCCACUGUACCUCAGCCGAUGGGGAAAGGAAGAGGGCAGCGUGCGGCCGGGAGUUUAGGAUAAAAGGAGGCUGUGUCCUCCGAAAUCUCGAGAGAGACCCCCACGGGGGUAUGGCUUACUGGACUCUCUCCUUUUAUUCGAAUAAAAUUGCAGAACUCCUCUA